GCCAACUAAUUUCUUGCGUUGUAAACAUACAUAAUUUUUUUCUCGUAAAACGAAGAAAUAUUUUAAUUGUAAUUAUUUAUAAUUUACGGAAAAUUGCGAAAAAGUAUUAUAAGCAAUCCAUGUGUGGCUUAGAGAAGCGCAAAACUUAAAGAAAUUGAAGAAAAACGCGAAACAAACAAAGUGAAGAAGUGAACAAAACUAAGCAAGCAAGUAAAUGUAUACUAGCUUCGCUUUUUUCUUCUAACUAGUUCAGUUCGUGGUUGGUGUGUGUGGAGAAUUUUUCGGAUUUUAGAUUGCUGUUGGAUAUUUAUUGGCUUCGUGUCGUUUGUUAUAGAAAAAUUGGGCAAAAAUGUUUGAUUCAACACAGGAAAUAUCAUUGGAAGUUUGGCAAAAAUGGAUAUUGGAUGCAAUAUCGAAGAUACGAUCUCAAAAACAGAGACCCAGUGUCCAACGAAUAUGUCAAGCCAUUGGCGCCCAUCACAAAUUCCAUGAAGAUAUUGUAGCCGAAAAACUGGAACAAAUUGUUGAAACCGGCGCCGUUAUAAAAGUCUACAAUAAAGGCCUGCAUUCAUAUAAGGCUCCCAUGGCAAAGCGGGUAGUGAGGGUCGAAAAGAAUACCAAUUUGUGCAAGAUAGUGGCCCGAGCUGUACACGAUUUGGGCGAAUGUGAGGGCUCCAGUGUAAAAAGUAUUGAAAAUUAUAUACAAAAAUUCAAUACAAUUGAAUUAAUUGGAGAUGCUGACUACAAGGCGGUCAUUAAGCAGUCUAUUAAAAAGGCAGUGGAGGCGGGCUUUCUAAUACAGGAGGGGAAACUUUAUAAGAAAGGACGUUCUUUGACAACCCCGAGGAAUUCCAAUGCCUCUGUGGAUAUACCAGUGCAAAUUGGUAAUGACAUCUGUAAGCAUUGCUCUGGCAAUGCCCAGAAGAAUUUAAAUGGCAUUCCCGAGCCGUUGAGCUCUUGCAAACAGUGCGGCAUUUCAUUGCACACCACCUGUGCAAAUAUUGCUGCCAAAUGUAAGACCCAAUCAUUUGUGUUGUUGUAUAUGUUGGUGACGAAGGGUAGUUCCUGGUAUUGUGAAAAUUGUGUAAAAUGUGCCUGCGGCAAGGGCAAUAGAGGUCCUUGUCUAUUGCAAUGUUUUGUAUGCCACAAAAAUUUCCAUUUAAAUUGUUUGGACACCAUACCCGAUAAGAAACCAAAACAUCCUUUUAGAUGCAGUGCAUGCUUGAAAUUGAAUACCGAUGUUUUCCGUAUGGUAAAGGGUAAGGAUUCCCAAAAGAAAUUAGUUUUAUCCAAGAGCCGCAACUCUGGUGCGUCGACCAAACAAUUGACCAUGGUAUCACCCACUUCGAGGGGAGCAAAUACUUCUGCUGAUACCAGUCUAACAACACCAAAUAGUUCUCCUGAGAAAUAUUGGCCCAUUGCCAAAUCGAAGGUAGCAAAAACCACACCUGUCAAGUUAAGUGGCAAUGCUUUUGAGGUUGCCUCACCUUCUUCGUUGGCUAAACUGAAGCAUCAAGCUGCCAUGGAGGAGAGUUUGAAACAGCAUUUGGCAGCCUAUGAACAGGAUACAUCAUUGAAGACCAUGAAGGGUCGUAAGCGCACCUUAUCAAACUUAUCCUCCUCCAGUUCCUCGAGUGAUAGUGACGAAGAACAAAACAAUGAAGAUCAUGACAAUGAUGACACUACAUCAUCAGAUUCCUGCUCUUCCACCACCAGCAGUGGUUCAGAUUCCUCUGAGAGUAGCAGUGAUAGUUCUGAUUGUGAUGAUAAUGAUGAGGACAAUGAUGAUGAUGAUUAUGAUUCGGAAAAUAGUGAGUCUAAAUCGAAUGUUAUGCUGGCUCAAAUUUAUAAAAAACAGAAAUGUGAUGGGUUAUUGAGUGCAUCCUCGUCUUCGCCCAUGGCAAAGCAUAUGAGUCUGGUGCAGCCGCAGAAAGAAGAGGAAUGGGGUUUUGCCGCUGUGGCCAAAAGUCAUCCGGAUAUAUUUGCCACAACAGCCGUGUCCACAGCUAAUGCCACAGCAACCAGCAAUAAUAAAAAUGAUCUAAUGAAAAAUUUAAAACCCGUAAAACGUAAACUUACAGAUCAUUUUGCAACGCUGACAACGGAACAAAAAAAUACCAAUGUAAUGCUGCAGGAUAACAAUCAGCCACCACCACAAAAAUUGACCACAAAUCAAGGAAACUUGCAACUGGAAGCCAAGCAGGAAAUUCUUCAAAAAGAUACGAAUAAAAUUGCAAACUCUUCAGCAAUAAUUCCAGCGCCAACAGCGGCUGGAACUGCAAAAGAAACACCCAAACCCACAAUGAUGAUAAAAUAUAAACCCAAACCUACUACAACCACCACAGCUCAAGGAACGUCAGCUGCUGCUGUUGCUAAACCUUCAGACCAACCACAGGUACAAAAGAAAGCUGUCUUACUUAAAUCCAUGCCCUUGGAAAAGAAACCAGUUCCUAAACCAGCCGAAGACGAUGAUGAUGACGAAAUCCCGUUUUUGUCCCAUCAAAAUAUAAUCAAAUACAAAAUGAUGCAAGAUAUCGAUAUGGCCAAGAGUCAGGAAAAGCCAGAAACGCCACCACCCAAUAAAGAAGUGGCUGAGGAAAAACAUCCCUGGGAAGUUGUACCCGAUGAAAAUCCGUUCGAUUCACAGCCUCUACCCAAUGGGGUUUCACAGGCCGAUUACGAUAUUUAUAAAAAGAUCAGAGAAAGAGCCCGCAAGGCAAUUGCCGGAGCCAUGGAAAGUCCCAGUAAAUUAAUUGGCAAACCUGCCGCCAUAAAUGCGAACGCUGAACGUUGUCCCGGUUCCAUAGAAAUUGGUAAAUGGCACAUUGAAACCUGGUAUUCCAGUCCAUUUCCCCAGGAAUAUGCCAGAUUGACGAAGCUAUACUUGUGUGAAUUUUGUUUAAAAUACACCAAGAGUCGGGCGGUCUUGGAUCGUCAUCAAAACAAAUGUUCCUGGAAACAACCACCAGGCACUGAAAUCUACCGUCAUCAAGAUUUGUCAGUAUUUGAAGUUGAUGGCAAUAUCAAUAAGAUUUAUUGCCAAAAUCUGUGUCUAUUGGCCAAGUUGUUUUUGGACCACAAGACGUUGUACUAUGACGUGGAGCCUUUUUUAUUCUAUGUCUUGACCAAAAACGAUAAUAAGGGCUGCCAUUUGGUGGGCUAUUUUUCCAAGGAGAAACAUUGUGCCCAGAAGUAUAAUGUGUCAUGUAUCCUAACCAUGCCACAAUUUCAGAGGCAGGGUUUUGGUCGUUUCCUAAUUGAUUUUAGUUAUCUACUGAGCCGAGAGGAGGGUCAGUUGGGUACCCCCGAAAAGCCCCUCUCCGAUUUGGGACGUUUAUCAUAUUUUUCCUACUGGAAGUCCAUUAUUUUGGAAUACCUAUACGAUCACAAGCAUGAUAAGAACAUAACCUUUAAUGGAAUAGCUGCUGAAACGGGUUUGACUAUUGUCGACAUAGCUCUGGCCUUGGAAUUAUUGAAUUUUAUAAAACUAAGGAAAAACGAAGAUGAUAUACAUUAUCACAUCAACAUAAAAGUGGAUUGGAAGAGGGUUAAUGAUCACCAUGAAAAAUUGAAAAGACAAAAUAAUCGCAUUCACAUAGAACCGGAAAGAUUGCGAUGGAGUCCCCUACUGACUCAUGUCAAGAAUCAAUCAUUGGAUAUGUCGGGAAGGCAGAGUUUGUCUCCGCGCAAAAAUGUCAUGAAACUCGAUGAAAGUAAGAAUGGUUCCGUGGCUAUAUCAUCAACAUCUUCGACGGUUGUUGUUCAAAACAACAUCAGGCAUCAGAAACAGCAAGAAACAAAAGAAAAUGAAGUGAAAGAAAUUCCGAAAGAAAAACAAAACUCAAACGUAAAAUCCGAAACGGCAAGCAACGACACAAAUGAUAACAUCAACGAUGAAGUCCAAGAAAAAGAGGAGAAGAAUGAGAAUUUAUUUCAUGAAAAAUUAACCGGUAAACGUAAAAGACCCAGUUCUCAAAGCCCUCCGCCACCUAGUAGCCCCAUGGAAAUUGAUAACUUGUCAAAAAACCACCAAGGAAACGGCGACGAAGAGCCGUCCAAAAUGGAUGACAAUGCUAUUGUUGCAGAUAAUUAUAAUACUGAAAGCAUGGACAUAUGUACUCCAUCUGAGCCACCACAAAUGAGCAUUGAAAGCGAAGAAAUGGCAAAAGAAGAUAUUUCUGAGAAGACUAGCCCGAAAACUGCGACACCUAAUCGCAAGCAGGCUACCGCAGCCUUGCCACCAUUGAAAAGGAAACACGAUGAGUUAUCAGAAUCUGAAAACGAUACCAGUUUGGAGGAGAACAACCCAAAGGAGACAAUUUCCAUGGAUAAAGCCAAUAAAGAAGAGAAAUCUUUGGAAACUCAAGAAAUGCCAUCUUCUAAGCCAAAUAUUGAGGAAAAACCUGCAGAAGAAACAAAAAAUGUAAAACCCUCCCCUGUGGCCGGAGUUGAAGAUAAGUCCUUUGUGGCAGAAACUCAAACUGAAGUAAAAAAUGAUAAACGUAUUCCGAAUUUAUUUCCCAAAUUGAGGGCAAAGAAUUCCGGUAAACUCAAUGAGGAAUUAAACAAUGAUGUUCCAACUGACAACCCGGAAGUGGUGGACAAGGAGCCUAAGCAAAAUCCCAACGUGGAGAGCAAGGAAAAAGUAGAAACCAAACAAUUGGAUAGUGUUUCCAACAAAAAUUCACCAGUUAAAAUGGAAUUUAUUGCGACUACCACAGCCAAAUCUUCUACCAUGGAAAAUGAUGAAAAAGUCAUGGAAGCUGUUGCCAAGAAAACCAAGAAGUCUCUUUUUAAUGACUCAGAUGUGCCUAGUGUUAAGCCAGAAAUUGAAACACCCACUCCAGCUGCGUCAAAUACCAAUGACAUGAUGACAGACAAGGAGCAGGCGCCAGUUAAAGAACCAUCCAUGGAAAAACCUAAAGAACCCACCCCAAUUGCUUUGGGGGAACCCAAUAAUAACAUGCAAAAAGAGGAAUGUAAUAAAAUUUUGGAGGUUCCCAAAACUACUUCUCCCGAGAAAUCUGUAAAGAAAGUAGAACACGCCAAUGUCUCAGUUAUUGAAGAGGUCAAAACAAAAAAGGAAUCAACGAACCACCAAAACAUUGAUAUUCCAGCUGCAGUUCCCUCUCCUUUGGAUGUUAAGCCCUUGCCAGAAGAGCCUCCAUCAAGCUUGAACCCUUUGUUGGAAAAGAAAGUAAAACCUGAGCCGCCCUCAAAACCCGAACCGGCAGCCCUAAAAACAGAGCAACUUUCACCCACUCCAAAAAACCCUAAUGCCAAUGAGGCAAUGACAACCACGAUUGGUAAUGCCAAACCCGAACCGGUAAUAACCGUCAAUCAAUUUGCCAAGUCGUCCUCGUCGUUGACCUCAAUGGAAAUUAAGCCAAGUAAUAAUGCGACGGCUCCAGGUCCCCCAUUGCAACAACAGCAAAUUGAUAGUAAACCCCCAGAUUGUUUAUCCAAACCCACAACAGUAAUAUCUUCUACAUCAUCGACAAAUACCACAAAUAUCUCCGGCAAUGUUGUGGCCAAUCCAAAUAUAAAACCUGAGGUUACACCAGCUCCAGCACAUGCCACUAUAGCUGCAAAUGUUCCCGAGCAAAUGGUUUUAAAGAAAGAACAUAACACUAAUAACAUCACCAACACCACCACCACCUCCACCAGUAAAAGUCCUUUAAAAAUGCCCAGCAAUCAAGCUAGCCAUUUGGUGGAUACCAAACCUUCCUUGGUAACAGAACCGUUGCAAAUUCCCCAAGCCAUGCAAAAAAUCUCCACAGACCAUAGAAGUGGACAGCAGGUUCAUCAGUUGCAGCAGCAACAGCAGCAAAUUCAACAGCAAACACAACAACAGCAGCAGGCAUCACUUUUGCAUGGUAACUCCGCAAUGAGUUCGGUUUUAGCCCAACAACAACAACAACAGCAGCAACAUCAUCAGCAGCACCCCCAGCUUCACCACGCACAGCAACAACAAUCCACAGCAAGCUAUGGCAAAACUCCCAUUGACAAGUAUAAAUGUAAAACCGAGAAAUCCACGGAUUUCCUAAAUUCCAGCAAUGAAAAACAUACCCCCCACGAGAAACAUACCAAAUCCAACAAAUCUAAAUCCUCCACUGAUACCAAAGGAGGAGGAGGAGGAGCUGGGGCUAGUGGAAAUUUGGACAAGACCAAACUGAGUCAUAGCUCUCGGGAAAAGUUAGAGCAACAAAGUAAAAUGGCCAUACAACAAAGCCAGACGGUAAAGGGCCUACAUGGACCCAUACAAAUCAAGGAGGAGGAUCCACGAAUGCUGCAAGCCUCCAUGGCGGCGGCUGCCGCGGCCGCCGGUUCUUCGGGCCCCCCUGCAAAUGUCCACGAUAAAUUGCAUUUCAAGACUAGUGCUGAGCACAAUCUCAAUACUUUGGAUUUAAAUAAAAUUGCACCGCAGUUUCCAUUGAAUCAACUAUCCAAUUAUCACACAUCGCAGUAUUGGCAAUGGGAUUAUUAUGGCUAUAAUCUAUCACAUUUGGACGCCACUGCCCAAAAGAGUCAGAAUAAGUUCCACAAAGAAUUGGCCACAUCUAUGGCCUAUAAUAAUUUCUAUCAAUCUGCAAAUUUCGCAAUGCAGCACCAUGCCCAUCAACAGCAUAUCCAGCAACAACAGCAGCAGCAGCAGCAACAACAACAACAGCAGCAGCAACAACACCAGCAGCAGCAACAACAGCAUCAUCCCAAGGAUAAGUUGAAAGCUGAGCGCAAAACUAGCCCCUUAAAAAAGGAUGAAGCCGCUCUCAAGGGAGCUGUAGCCCAGGCAGUGGCUGCCGAAAUGUUGCAACGGGAAGAAAGUGCUGCUGCAGCAGUCGCUGCGGCCGCCUGCAAUUACAACAACAGCCAUGCUUUGUAUGGCACCGGUGGUAGCAGUAGCAGUAGUGGCUCCUCCCUAAAGAACAGUCGCGCUCAAGCCGAUCACAUACGUUCCAUGAAUAAUCAUGGCAACAACAAAUAUCAGCAACAGGCUGCCAAUUUGUUAAGUGCCCAGCAACAGCAGUUACAACAACACCAGGCUGGCCAACAGCAGGCUUCCUGUCAAAAGGUAAAACCCGAACAGAAUAUUAAUCAGCAGCAGGCCUCUGGAGGAGGAGGAGGAGGCGGUGCUGGAAACAAUGCCAACAGUCUUAACAACAACAACAAUGACAACGAUAAUAAAAUGAAAUCGGGUGGAAAUACACAAAACUCCCAGCAGCAGCAGCAACCGAAUACGGUUAGUCCUGAAAUGACAUCGCCCAUGGUUUAUAAUAAUGACAAUUCUGGCAAUGCGAAUAAUCAAAAUAUAAAUAAUGGUGGUGGAGCCGGUGGAGGUACCGCCAAUAAUUCUAAUGCAGGGAAUUCCAGCACAGCUGGUUCGAAUGGCAUGCAACAACAUCAUUAUGCCGAAUGUGGUUUGAACGUGCCCAUGGGCAUGGAUUCGCCGGCUAGCAUCUCCAGUGAUAUUACCCAAAAUUCAUCGGAUGUUAACAACAGCGUACAUAUGCAGCAGCAGCAACAAUUUUCAAAUUGUUCCAUGCAAAAUCAGGGUACCAAUACCCCAAUGCAUAUGGCCAUACAUACACCACAUAUUCAACAGCAGCAGCAGCAGCAACAACAACAAAAUAUGAAUAUCAAUAAUCAAAAUCUUAAUAGUUUGGCCAAUAGUCAACAACAGCAACAACAUAAUACCCAACAACAAAAUCGCAAAAUUAAUCAGAAUGAAAAUCCAACAUCCAGCGGUAAUUCAGUUCAACAAAGAUCUACCACACCCAAGUUGAUGAGAAAUACCAAUUCCUCUGGCUCAAAUGCACAUCGGCAGUCAAAGCAACAGCAGCAGCAACAACAGGCCUUGAAUAAUAAUUUGGCCCAACAGCAGCAGCAGCAGCAGGCGUUGGCCAAUCACAACAGUCAGAAUAAUAAUUCUGCCGCUGAUCAGCAACAACAACAGCAGCAAGCACAACAAGAACAACAACAACAAUUGCACAAUAUACAACAAUUUGCCCAAUUAAAUGCCCAUGCUCAUCAUCAAAAUAUGCAAAGUGGUGGUGGUGGUGGUGGUGGCGGCGGCGGCGGAGGAGGCGGUGGAGGAGGUAGUGGUGCCGAUAACAUCUAUCUAUCGCAUUUGGGACAAAACUAUCCAGGCAAUGCUGGCAAUUCAUCCUAUGAUAUUAGCUCUAUGCCAGCCGUAAUACAACAACGCAUGUCCUUGAACAGUGCUUUGAACUCCGGUUCGGUACGUGUUGAGCAGGCCUCACCCUCGUGUGCAGUGAAUAAUUUCUAUUUACAGAAUAACUUGAAUUCGAACGAAUCGAUUAACAAUCCAUCAAGGGUGCCAAUUUCUAUACCCUCGGGUGGUUCAUCGUCUGGUUCCGGUUCGGGAAAUGAGCAUUUGAGCCAACAACAACAGCAACAGCAGCAGCAGCAGCAACAACAACAGCAACAAACUAGGGCUGAAUCAUUGCCCAGCGCCCAGGCAGGUUCGCCAGCUGUUGUGGGUAACCUAAGCAGUUUGUCAAGAUUGCAACAAUUGACCAAUGGCCUGGAUAUACCACCAUGCAACACUUCACCCAUUGGCCAGGUGGAUAUGACACCACCACCGCAGCAUGGCAUUGGAAAUAAUUCCAUGACUCCACCACCACAUUUGAUUGUGCCACAAAAUCGAAAUUUGAAUACUUCACCCAAUAUGUUGCAGUCGUCAAUGGCAUCGCUGCAGUAUCAUCAUAAAUACUAUCCCGGCAAUAUGAAUAUUGCACCGAUUACCACAACAUCGCAGGCGGCCAGCAUUAGUCGCUCGGUGCGUAACACCGCCUCAGCGCCGAUACAGCACAUUGCCUCAACGCCGUCUACAUCGUCGCCGAACAGUAGCCGGCCCAGCAAUGUUCAUAUUGCGCCCAAUUUGAUGACACCCUAUAGCAUAAACAGCUAUCGUAUGUCCACACAGCAGGCACCCUCGUCCAGCUAUUCCACCGGCAGUGAAUAUCCCAAUUCACAAAUACCCAUGCAAAUGGGUGUCAUGAAUAUGCAAUCUCAAUAUCAGGAUGCGUGCGCCAUACAGAGGGCAGCCCAACAGAAUUCUAUGUAUUCCACAUACUCUCCAUACAUACCACUGAAUCCGGCUAUGAGAAGAUAAGUUAGGAAGAAGAAAAGGUUGAAAUAUUGAAUAUUUUAGCCUAUGUUGAAAAUAAAAGGGAUCCUUGGGAAAUUACACACAACACAAUAAAAAUCCUCCACACACAAACACACAUAUAAACAUUUACUUUAUAUACACCCCACACCCACACACACCGAAAUCUAUAUUCUAUAUAUAUUAUUAAUAAUCAAAAAAAAAAAGAACACGUAAUAAAUCCAAGUUAUUAUGUGCAACGCUUAGAAAGAAAGCAAGGAACUCUUGUUAGAGAACUACAUACAUAAAUAUAUAUAUUUUCUUGUAAUACAAACAUAGAAGUGCAUACUACAACAACAAGCAACAACAGCAACUUUUUAUAUAUGUUAUUAUUGUAUUCAUUAAUUCUGUUUUGUCCUAGACAUCAUCAACAACAAGAACAAUACUAAAAGUUUUUUUUUUGUUUUGUUUAUAAAAUUUAUCAUCGUUACAUAUGUGUUGUUUUUUCUCUGCUAAAUGGUGGUCGAAGUUCAGAAAAAUCUCUAAAGAACGAAUCAAAUCAACAAAGCUUAUUUGACACAUUGUAAAUAAAUAAAACAAAAAAUGUAAGAAGAUGAUCAUCACAAGCAUCAUCCAUUCAUGCAAAUCAACAAUAAUGCUAUCAAGUAUUUGUAGGUGCAUUUCUAUGUUGUGUACUAAUCAUACAUACCUAUCCAUAUAAGAUAACUUUAAAAAAAAAAAUACUAUAAUCAUGAUUGGAUGUCCUUUAAAAGGGAUUUAAUAAAGUUGUACGUACCAUUAAAAAUAAA